CAAUAGAAUUGUCAAUGUCAGCUGUUUCUGAUUCUGAUAUCUAAAAGUAAAUUGCAGUUUAUUUAUUUAUGAAAAUUUCUACUAAUAAAAUAAAAGGAUUAUUAACAAAACAAGCUACCGAUUUUUUAUCGGUCUUUAUUCAUUAAAAUGCUUUUAAGAAAACUUAUUGGCGCUGAAGUUACAUUAAGCUACAAAAUAAUUUCUAGAGCAAAAUCAUCAUGGGAUAUUGUAGCAGGUGUGUGUGUUGAACGAUUACCAGUAGUAACGCCACCACUAAAUGAGAUUCAACAGAAAUUUAAAGACUUGUUAUGGACAAUAGAAACUGAGAAAAGUCUUAAAUCAGACCAUGAGCUGAGGCAUGAAAAUGACAAAGUCCAAGCUGAGCUUCUUAAAAAUGAAGCCGUUGAUGUAGACUUAGAUGCAGUCAGCAAAAUAACUGCUCAGGAUUUUGAAGAUGCUGCCACUGAUGAGUUGACACAGUUUAAAUUUGCUGAUCUUUUAACUGAUGCUGAUAAGAAAGGAGUCAAAAGCACACCCGAAAGAUGUCUCCAAAGGCAUCUGAUCUUAGUUACUGAACAGAAACUCGGGAAAGACGCUAAAAACAUAUUACCACAAGGGUUAUGGAAAGAAGGGGAGACUCUACGACAGACUGCAGAGCGAAUAUUGUCAGAGCAGUGUGGUUCCGGUUUAAAAGUGAAAUUUGUCUCAAAUGCUCCUUGUGGGUUUUAUAAUUACAAAUAUCCUGCAGAAAUCAACGGCAAGCUGGGUGCUAAGGUUUUCUUUUAUUACGCCAACUACAACGAAGGGGAUGUCGAUAAAAAGUCUAAACCCAAUUGGUUGACAAGGAAUGAACUAACUGAACUAUUGCCUGAAAAAUACAACAGGACAGUGCAAAGCUUUCUGAUUGAAGAAACAAAUUAGUAAUGUAAAAUAAAAUCUAAGAUUUAAAUAAUAAAAUAAAAUAGUUUAUAGUAAAUA